GGCCGCUUCCGGGGUGGGGGGAGAAUGGGGGGGGUCCUUGCUUGCAGCCUUGCGGAGGCCGUGUAAGCUGGGGCCGCAGCCGCGGGAGUGUCCUGAGGCCUCGGGGAGGGGAAGGGCAAGGUCAUGGUCAGCCUUCUGGAGGGAUUUCCAGGUUUGAAUCCCAUCGAGUGAAAUGGAGAACUUUUGUGCCCCUGACCCCAGGGACCCGAGUGGAGGUGUCCCUCCCGAAGCGCCCCAUGCUGACGGCUCCUCUCUGCUGUUCCUGCCCCUGCCCUGGCUGCUGAUGUGAUGAGUAACACGACAGCACCCAGUGCCCCAAGGGCUGCCAGUGACUCCCUGGUGGGCUACGUGCUUGGCCCCUUCUUCCUCAUCACCCUAGUAGGGGUGGUGGUGGCUGUGAUGAUGUACAUCCAGAAGAAGAAACGGGUCGACAGGCUCCGGCACCAUCUGCUGCCUAUGUACAGUUAUGACCCAGCUGAAGAAUUGCAUGAAGCUGAGCAGGAGUUGCUAUGUGAGGUGGGGGAUCCCAAGGUGGUCCAUGGUUGGCACAGUAGCUACCAACAUAAACGGAUGCCCCUGCUGGAUGUGAAGACAUAAACAAGGGAAGCAGAACUGCCCCACCCAAGGGGAGACCUUCUCACCUGUUACAAGAGUCCAGAACUGCUCAUUUCUGCUAUCUCCCACUGGAGAGCCUCCCUCUUCAGCCUUGCCCAGCAAUAGGACGCACAAUAGUCCCUUCCUUACUUGACCUGCUGGCUAGGACAGCUGUCCUUUGACAAGAAUCCUCAUCUCUGCCUUGCUUUUCCUGAAGUAUUUUAGCAAACCCUAAAACUGAAGGGGAGGGGUAGGAAUCAGCUGGCCCUGUUGGACUCCUGCCUUCCCCAGAGAUGUCCCAGCAUGCUCAACCUUGCCCUUGCUGCUGUCAGGUGCUGGGUCAUGGCUUCCUAGGGAGGGAUUCAUAGUGGAAUUCUGUCUCUAGGGAUAGCUUUGUUUAUAUUACACAGUAUCUAUUUUGUAAAUAAAAUGUUUUGUGGAUGGGA